AAAUAUUAAGCAAUAAACGGAUCACUGUAUUCAGGUUUGCUCUGCACCGUAGACAAAAUGGUUUCUUUGAAAUUCAUCGUUGUUGCUUGUACCCUUCUGGUUGCCCAAACUCAGGCUCAUCCUCAACCUGCAGUUAAGGGUCCUUUUGUCGAUUUUCUGAAAUGGCUGGUACCUGAAGUAAAAAAAGAUGUUGAUGCUGCCUUCAAUGAGUUUGAAUUACUUAUCAAUGAUGCUGUUAAAGACGCAAAUAAAUUCCAAAAAGACAUCGUCGUUUUUGCUGGAAAAGCUCUUGACAAAAGUCUUGAUUUACUGAACUCAAGAUUGGAUAAGAUCAAGGCAGGAGGAGACCAGAACACCGCCAAGGUUAUCAACUGCAUUGAAGCCAGCAGAAGCCAAUCUAAGGAAGUUGCACUUGUUUUCAUUGAUACAAUUACAAAAUGCGACCUGUCAUUGGCAAACCAAGUACUGAAAGAUUUAUCAGGUUUGGAAAUUAAUAUAAAUGACAUCAAAGAAAAAGUUUUCGCCGCUGCAAAUGAAAUUCAGAAGUGUUCUGGAGAAAAAGAAGUCGAAUGCGCAUUGGAUGUUGCCGGUAACGUGAUUAAAGUCAUCUCCGAUAAUGUCCAUGCUGAUAUCCUUUUGAAAAUUGUUGAAACGAUUAAAGACGCUGUCAAAGUGGCCAAAGAUUUUGUUCCAAAAUGCGUCACUCCCAACCUGGCACAGCAUGUACAACAAGGUUACGAAGUACUCAAUAGUGUCUCUGCCUGCAUUGUUUCCUAAGAAUCCACUCUGUUUAAUGAAUACCCAAUGAAUUGAUGACAAUAAAGACCCAUUUUCAAACUAA